GCUUGGAACGCCUCGCCUCUGCUUCUUCGAUUCUGCUGGGCCGGAGCUGUUUUAGAGCUGCUCACCUCCAUCGCCGAGCGCGUCGCGCGCGGUCGCGAUGUCCUUCCACGAGCUGCGCGCCGCGUGCGACGAGGGCCGCCGACGGGUGACGUUCGAAGUGGAGCACAGCGAAGAACAUGGCAGGGUCUUCCUGUUCGGUGGCUGCCGGUCCCUGGGCUUGUGGGACCCUCAAGAGGCCCAGGAGCUCACGAGGAACGCGACGUGCGCUGGGCGAUGGGAGUUGGACCUGGUCUUUCGUCCCGACGAGAUGGGGAGGAGCAUCGAGUAUCGCUACUUCGUGGCGCACCGCUGCACCUCACAACGAGGCGAACCCUUCGUGGCCUCAGAGGACCUGAUCUUCGACACGAUACGCACCUUGCGGUUGACCCAAAGCCAUGAGGAUCAUGAGGUCUCGGUCGAGGAAACUGCCUGGGCGUUGGUACCGCAAGGUGAUCUGCAAGAGGAGAUGGCCUCUCUUCGCACGAAGCUGGAGCAGAUGUCCAGACACCAGGCCGACGUGCGUGAUCUUCGGAGCAAUCUGCAGCAGCUCACGGAGAAGCAUGAGAGGGCCACACGGACCCGGUCGACGAACGAACACCCGGAAACGGGUUGGGACGAGGGGAGGUUAGCUCAAGAGCACCAGAAACUCACUGCUGAGAAGGAGGAAGUUGCCCAGCAGAAGCAGCGACUUCAAGAAGCGCAGAUGGAGCUGAAGAAUGACGGGCAGAAGCAGGAGCUCCGGGUCUGGAACGUCUUGCGGAAGAGGAUCGAUCGCCUCGAGAAGGACUUCGAAGCGCAGCAGGCACCAGCGACGCCAGCGGCUGCGGAGCCGUGCGUGGAAGAGGUGUUGGAGCUUGGCAUGGGAGGUGUUUUGGAGGUGGAUCAUGUCUCAAAGGAGAAGAUAGAACGUCUGGAGAAAGCCUUCGACCAGCAACAGCAGUUCCUUAUGCAUGUGAUGUCGGAGCUCGAGAAGAUGCAGAAAAGCUUGGCUUUCGUGAGAAGGGAGUUGGGCCCGCGACGAGCUUGGAGUUCGCCGAGGGACGAAGGAAGGCGAGAUGCAUAGAAGGAGGUCAAGGAAGAAGUGAGGUCGGCUGUAGAUCUGCACCAGUGGUGCACGGCUACAUCAGCUCUGACGCCGAGCAGAGCCCGAGCGCAGUGAGUCCCCGACGGGCGGGCGGCUCCGCUGAACGGAACACGUGAGUGGAGC